AUGGAUCACUCCAGAGAUCCCUGCCCCUGGGUUGCCCUGAGCGACUUCGGCGGUGCCUUCUGUAUGGGUGCUAUCGGUGGUGCCGUCUGGCACGGUGUCAAGGGUUUCAGAAACAGCCCCUACGGAGAGCGUCGGAUAGGUGCCAUCACAGCCAUCAAGGCUCGUGCGCCCGUCCUCGGUGGUAACUUCGGUGUUUGGGGUGGUCUCUUCUCGACCUUCGACUGUGCGAUCAAGGGUAUCAGAAAGAAGGAGGAUCCCUACAAUGCCAUUAUUGCUGGUUUCUUCACUGGUGGUGCUCUGGCUGUCCGUGGUGGUGUCAAGGCUGCUCGUAACUCGGCCAUCAUGUGUGCUGUCUUCCUGGCUGUUAUUGAGGGUGUCGGUAUCGGGUUCCAGAGAAUGAUGGCCGACAACACAAAGCUCGAGCUCCCUCCUCCUCCCCCGACCCCCGAGAAGGCCGUCGCUUAA